GCCUUCACCUCCAAAACCCUAUUGUCUCUGCUAAGACAGAUUCUCCUUGCUUUUGGUCCGCAAAAUCGAUAACUUGAACCUGCAUCUCGAUCACAGAAAUGAACGACGGCGAUAAUAGACGGCGAGAUCGCAGAGACCUUCGGGCCACAAAGAAGCGGAGGUUCAUCCGCACCGCGGAAGAGGAGCUCGAUUCCAAGCUCGGCUUUGAUCUCUUCUCCGAAGGCGAAAAGCGCCUUGGUUGGCUACUCACGUUCGCUUCGUCAUCCUGGGAUGAUCCUGACACUCGCAAAGUCUACAGCUGCGUCGAUCUUUAUUUUGUUUGUCAGGAUAAAAUGGAAAUGGAUGUAGAAGGGUAUUUGAGAAGACGCUAUGAAAGGCAGAUUGCCCAGAUUGAAAUUGUAGAGAAGGAGGAUCUUGAUCUUAAAAACCAUUUGUCUGGUUUAUGUAAACGAUGUUUAAAGAUAUCUUUUGAUACUGUUCAACAACUGAUGGAUGUCAAGAGAGAUCUAGUGCAUGUUGUUGAAAGAAACCGGGAGAAGUUUGAUGCUGGAGAAGCAUACGAGUCUAUAUUAAUGGGGAAAAGAGAACAAAGGGCUGAAGAUUUUCUGGAUUAUAUUGUUGAUCUCCGAGAAUAUGAUGUUCCUUACCAUGUCCGCUUUGCCAUUGACAAUGAUGUUAGAUGUGGACAGUGGUAUGACGUUAGUGUAUCUAGUACUGGUGUCAUCCUGGAGAAAAGGACUGAUCUUCUGCAACGUGCUGAAGUUCGUGUUUGUGCAUUCGAUAUUGAAACAACAAAGCUUCCUUUGAAAUUUCCAGAUGCCGAAUAUGAUUUAGUAAUGAUGAUAUCGUACAUGGUUGAUGGACAAGGAUACCUAAUUAUUAACAGAGAGUGCGUAGGGGAAGAUAUAGAUGAUUUGGAGUAUUCUCCAAAACCUGAAUUUCAAGGUUGUUUCAAAGUUACAAAUGUAAAGAAUGAGGUAGAACUUCUUAGACAGUGGUUUGCUCACAUGCGAGAAGUAAAGCCUGGUAUAUAUGUUACAUAUAAUGGUGAUUACUUUGACUGGCCAUUCUUGGAAAACAGGGCAGCUUAUCAUGGGCUUAAAAUGAUUGAUGAGUUAGGGUUUCAAUGUGACAAGAAUCAGGGGGAAUGUCGCUCUAAAUUUGCUUGCCAUUUGGAUUGUUUUGCUUGGGUCAAACGUGACAGUUACCUCCCUCAAGGGAGCCAUGGCCUCAAGGCUGUUACAAAGGCAAAGUUGGGUUAUGACCCACUGGAGGUGAAUCCAGAGGAUAUGGUUCGGUUUGCAAAGGAGAGGCCUCAGACAAUGGCCUCAUAUUCUGUUUCUGAUGCUGUGGCUACAUAUUACUUGUAUAUGACCUAUGUUCAUCCCUUCAUCUUCUCUUUGGCAACUAUAAUUCCUAUGUCACCUGAUGAGGUUUUGAGGAAAGGUAGUGGGACACUUUGUGAAAUGCUUCUCAUGGUCCAGGCGUACAAGGCAAAUGUUAUUUGCCCUAACAAACAUCAGUCUGAUCCUGAAAAGUUCUAUAAGAAUCACCUUCUUGAGAGUGAAACUUAUAUUGGUGGCCAUGUGGAGUGCCUUGAAAGUGGUGUCUUCAGAUCUGAUCUUCCAACUAGUUUUAAGCUUGAUCCAUCUGCCUACGAGAUCACUUAUGAGACAAUAAUAGUGGCUUCUCCAGAUGGAGGUUCCAUUUGCAAGAAUACCAACAAGUAUUUCAUUGUUGGUGAGAUUGAGAUCAAGGAAGAGGAAAUCAAGGCUAGUAAAGACAAGGCUUUGGGACUUUUCAAGGUUGUUGAAGCUUACCUCUUAGCAAAUCCUAAUACAUACUAAAAAUUUGAAACUAAUCUCUACUACAUUUAAAAAUUAAAUGGAAUCCAUUUCAAGGAUCAUCUUAUGUCUUAAUUUAGGCUUGCAUGUGUGAGAGAGAUGAAAAUAUUUCUUUUUUUGUCCCUUCCUAAUAGUAAUUGUUACAUAUUUGUAAGGUUUCAAUAUUGUAAUUUUCAACAACCUCAUGAUAUCUUGAAUAAAAGAUGUUCUACAAA